AUGUGGUGGGGAAAGAGUUCGGACGACAAAGAUCCCAAGGCCUCGAGAGAUGCCUCGGCCCCCUUCGAUCCGAAGCUGCCAGACCAUGAGAAGCUGCCUCCGGCGCUGCAGAAGAUUAUUGAGAAGUCGGAGAAGGAAGACAAUUUUUUCGAUGAGCUGGUCGACGGAUACGCCCCUGAAUCCACCGAAUCCAACGUUCGUUUCGCCGCCUAUGCUGCUCGCGUGCGCACCAUCCUCCUCUCUGCGCAUCGCUAUGUGGCCUACACGUCCGAUAUAGGCGAGUCCUUCCGGCCAAUCGCCCAUCCCUGGCUAGUACGCGGCGCAUACGGUGUAUCAUGGGCCUACAUCCUCGGAGAUGUCUCCUACGAGGGGUACAAGGCCUACCUGCACAAUCAGCGCGUCCUCAACCCGCAGCUGCAGCUCUCUGACCAUCAGCGGAAGCUCACGGGUCUAGAGCCCGUUGCCGAGGUCCCCACAAAUGUCCAGCCAGGCACCGUCUCCCCGCUGGAAAACUGGAAAACAGUCAUGGCGCAGAGGGCCAUCUUCCAGUCAGUGGCAAGCAUGGGUCUGCCGGCGUUCACGAUUCACAGCGUUGUGAGGUACAGCGGAAGGGCGUUGAAGGAUGCCAAGAACAAGACGAUACGAACGUGGGGACCCAUUGGACUCGGCCUUGCUGUUGUACCAUUCCUGCCCACCCUCUUCGACGAGCCCGUGGAGAGCGCGACUGAGUGGAUCUUCCACAAGGGAUUCCAGACCUUUGGCGGAGAAACAUAUGUUGGCGAUGCGCCCACCACCGGCAGAGAGAAGGCCAUGGUCAAGAAGCCACACAAGGAGAAAGACUUAUGAGAACAGCACAGUACAUUCGCUUUGGUCCUCGUAGAUGAAGGUCUUGGUGGGAUGGUCAGAACAUCUCACACUCCUCUGGCGUUGGUGCAGAACAUUUAUUCCUCUCGACUUGAGAACAGCAGUCUGUUCAUAGCAUUACUGCCUCUGAAAAAUGAAGAUAAUAGAUCCCCUCC